CUGCAGUAAAGACGGAGGUGGGACUGAGAGGAAGGCCUCUACAGAAGAUUUUACAGUCCACGCCGGUUCAUAGGGGGAGAUGCGGUUAUGAAGAUAGGCUGGAUCCAAAGUGUAUAGAAUAAACAAUACCAACUGGACUAAUAAAUUGCUGAGGAUGGUGACAAAGCUUUUUUUGUGGAACUGAUCUAUCAGUUCAUUUUUUUUCCUGAAAAACAACUGUUCUCAUUUGUCUUUAAGCAUGACAUUUUGUAAGCAAAUCAUCAGUCUAACCUGUAGACAUCAAGUGCAGUAUUUGUUGAAUGUAGGCUUCUAUUAUAAAAAGACUCACUAAGGGGGAGAUGGAUGGAUGAUAUUGUUAAUUGCUGAGGUUCUGCUAAUCCUAAAUAAUACAGCAGACACUGCUAAAAAGAGAGUAUACCGUUCAUAUGCUAUCAAUCAACAUAUUUAUGUGGAAGACUGUACUUGUAACCUUUGCCUACUCGUCAUUGAAAUUUGUUUUUUUAGAAAUACUGUUUUCAGCUAUAUUUUACUUAAUAAAAGUUUUAGUAGAAUAAAGUGUUUUUCUUUGGUGCUGUUUCUUUUACUGCAGUAUUGUCCUUUGUGGUCUCAAACCAGCCCUACAUAUUUCCACAGACGUGUCUAAAGCUUAAAGGCCCUGAUACAAUCUGUCGCAAAGUCCAUACUUCAGGACACAUGCUAAAAAAAGUAUAGCUGGUGCCUCCCCACCCCAUUUCUUUUUGACUAACACAAAGGUAGCAUCAUCUAAAAAGUGAAUGAAACUAAAAAAAAAUAAAAUCCUUGUGUCUAUUCUUAGUGUUAUAUGAUAUUAUAUAAUACUAGAGAAUAUUGCAAGGAACACCUUCCAGGAUGUGUUGGAGAUACCUGAAGCCUCAGAUAACAAUGAAACCUCUAUUUUGAUCAUACUUGAGCUGAAAGCAUACUCUAAAUAACAUUCUAGGACAUACAGGGCCCCUCAAAACCUUUCCAUUCAUUUGUCUCUAGGUUCUCCAAUACUAUUCUAUGGUAUGUUCGGGCCAGAAAUAUACCAGAGAACAACCCCGGGAGACAGAGAGAUUCACAGACACUUCUAGUGGGAAUAUUUUUAACUUUGUACAUGAAAUUGUGGGCCUUGAGAGUGCUGAAUUGUACUAUAAUAUCACUAUUGAACAACUACCGACCAAUCUCCAACCUCCCAUUUUUGGGCAAGGUCCUGGAGAGAGUGGUUGCUUCUCAGCUCCAGGAAUUCUUGGUUGAGACCGAUUAUCUGGAUUCGUCACAGUCUGGCUUCAGGCCUGGUCAUGGGACUGAAACGGCUUUGGUCGCCUUGGUGGAUGACCUCCGCAGAGAACUAGAUAGGGGGAGUGCAUCCCUUCUGGUUCUCCUGGACAUCUCAGCGGCUUUCGAUACCAUCGACCAUGGUAUCCUUCUGGGACGGCUCUCAGGAAUGGGUCUUGGGGGCAUUGCUUUGCAGUGGCUCCGCUCCUUCCUGGGGGAUCGUUCCCAGAUGGUGAAGCUGGGGGACACCUGCUCGGACCCCUGGCCUUUGACCUGUGGGGUCCCGCAAGGUUCCAUUCUUUCCCCCAUGCUUUUCAACACCUACAUGAAACCGCUGGGAGAGGCCAUCCGGGGUUUUGGAGUUCGGUGCCAUCUUUAUGCAGAUGACACCCAACUCUACUACUCUUUUCCACCAAACUCCAAGGAAGCCGCUCAGACCCUAAACCGGUGCCUGGCAGCUGUGUCGAACUGGAUGAGGGCUAACAAGUUGAAGCUUAAUCCAGACAAGACAGAGGCCCUCCUGGUCAGUCGUAGGACCAAUCGGGGUAUUGGGUGGCAACCUGUGCUCAACGGGGUUGCACUCCCCCUGAAGGCGCAGGUCCGCAGUCUGGGGGUCCUCCUGGAUUCAUCUCUGGCGCUUGAUGCCCAGGUGUCGGCGGUGGCCGGGAGGGCCUUUGCACAUUUAAAACUUGUGCGCCAGCUGCGACCAUACCUCAAGAAGUCUGACUUGGCCACGGUGGUCCAUGCCUUAGUUACAUCCAGACUGGAUUACUGCAAUGCUCUCUACGUGGGGCUGCCCCUGAAGACGGCCCGGAAACUCCAACUGGUUCAAAGAUCGGCAGCCAGAUUUCUAACGGGAGCUGGCUAUAGGGAGCACACAAUGCCCCAAUUAAAGCAGCUCCACUGGCUGCCGAUAAACUUCCGGGCCCAAUUCAAGGUGCAGGUCUUGACCUAUAAAGCCCUACACGGCUCGGUCCCUACCUAUCUCCGUGAUCGCAUCUCCUCCUAUGAGACAGUGCGGACCUUGAGAUCUUCCGGGGAGGCUCUUCUCGCGCUCCCACCACCAUCUCAAGUGCGGCUGGUGGGGACGAGGGAACGGCAGUGGUCCCCUGGCUCUGGAAUGCACUGCCAAAAGAGAUCAGGCAAUCCCCUACAUUAUCCAAUUUCCGUAAGGAACUGAAGACCUGGUGGUGUCGGCAGGUUUUUGAGUAAUUAUAUUGGACUACCGCCGAUUUCUGAGCCUGAAUACAUUGCACAAGAUUUCCCUAUCCUAAAAUGAUACAUUUUAAUAUAUUGGGUUUAUGGUUCCCGUCCCCUUGAUCUGGUCAUGUAAGUGUGAUUUAUCGUUAUAAUUGUACUAUUUUACCUUGUUUAAUAAUGUGUGUUAUGUCGUUAUGUAAUGUUGUGUUGCUUUUAU